UCAGUCAAUCAAAAUGGAUCGUUAGCCAUCUUUUACAAAUGAGUUACGGGUGAGUCCUUGAUUAGUAUAUCAAGGGCUAAUAGUUAUUCUCUAGCUACUCCAGAAGACUGCACAACUGGUACAACUGUCGAACAGAAGAUGAAUUGCAGUAGUAGCUGUCUGCAUGAUGAGAGUGAGAUGUGAUUAAGAUAUAUUCCGUUGAGUUGCAGUGAGAAAGUUCUAUUCCUUCUUUGUAAUAUGUCUCGGGAUUCCAUACGGCAUUGGUGCUUCAAGAUCAGUGGAUAAGGUCAACAUUUGUAGAAUCUUGUUGAUGGGAAGGUUUUCUCUGAGCUCCGGGUCAUAUAGCUGCACUUAAGCGAGGUCUACGUGAAGCUAGUAUUGUGGACAUGAGCUUUCUGGAGCACAAAAAUUGUGCAACAAAUUGCUUAUCGGUUCAGCCAAUCUGGAGAUUUUGCAGGUUCAAGAAGAACAAUCGAUGGUUUGCAAAAAAAUCCAUGUCAUCGAGGCAAAGCUUGAACGUACGUCAACAAGUAUGAAGGAAAGAUUUCACGUCAUAUUCUGGGAAAGGCUGCGGACGUUGCAUGAGGCGGGUAGAAAAUUGGCAGACAGAGAAGCGGAUCUAUGUGAUGAAAUUGACAGUACCCUUGCAAAGAUGGAGGAGAAAAAGCCUGAGAAUGGACAUGAAAUUUCUGCACACAAAGUGGUUCCGAACUCGUCCAGGCGCUUACAAGCCGAAGAAGACUUCUGCCAGGAUAGAGAAGCAGUACCAGAUAUCAAUCCAAGGGCAAACGGGACGGAGCAAAAGUCCGAUGAUGUACAAGCAUUCCCUCCAGCUGAAGAGUUUGAUCAGAAACAUGCUUCACUGUCCUUGAGUGUGAUUAAUACACUUUCUCUCGACCUCUCGGUAUCACCAGCAGAUUACAUUCAUGAAAUGGAUGCUUCAGGAAAGAAGGAUAAAGAGAAGGCGGUUGCUUCCAAGACAAACAACACGCCAGCUGAUGAUCAGAUGCCGAGCCUCACCUCUGAGUCACCGGUACCAUCAGAAGCUACCUCGCAACCACCUUCCCCUGGUUCAGAGAUAUCAGUGGGCGAUGAAGUAGCAGCAAAUGUAAGCUCGGAAGGAGAAGAAACCGAUGUCUGGAUCGUUGCUAGAGUUGUCGAGUUAUUGGCUAAUGGGAAUAUGAUCCAUGUGUUGGAUGAAAUUCCAGAUGAAGUGGGAGCAUCUUUGAAACAAUUCGUAUUGCCUCAACAUCACAUCAUUCCAUUCCCAAACCAGUCUACGGCUGCCAGUAUUCGAAGUAUGAUCUCCAAAGGUUCUGAAGUCCUGGCUGUUUACCCAGAUUCCACAACACUUUACAAGGCCACUGUUGUGGACCACCGAGGUCCAGAUUAUCUGCUGGAGUUUGAGGGUGAUCAGAAUUCAGAAGAAGAAGAAGGAUGUUCAACGGACAAGCACCCCAUGCCCUUGUGGAUCGUACCAUCUCAUCGAGUCGUUCCCCUCCCUGAAGGACAUAGGCAGUGAUCUUUCCUACUUUAUUUGUUCGUUCUGAUUCUUCCAUUGUGGCAAAUCCAAUCUAUGCUCUCGAGGUUCUCUCUUGUAAAGUACUGGAACACAUUCUUGCCAUUGGAGGUUCGUUCCAACAUAGAAGAAUGUCAUUGUAAUAGUAUUUUGCUAGAGUCGUUACCUCAAUUGUAUUUUAUUCUUUUAUUUUGUCAUGUCGGCGAUUUGACAAUAUAAACAAUAUGAACAUCAGUGUAGUUUUUGAAUCAAGUCCAUUUGAGUCAUUGCAUAUAAUAGAUCCAAUCAGGUCGAAUGAGUUCAAAUACAUGGUCAGUCCGAGUGUCUACUGUCUACUGUUUGUGAAAUUCUAUAAUUCAUUAUAGAAUUAUCGUUUGC